AUGUCAGCGAAGAUUAAAACGUGUCUCAUCUUGUAUUACUUAAGUUUACAAAUUAGAACGCCAUGGAUACAGUCGUUAAGUGUUGAAAUUUAUUUGGACUUUAAGCCUCAGAUCAUCAUUGUUGAUCACCAGCCAAACGACAUAAAAGUUAGAUCGUUUUUACUGCUUUUCGCAGUUCGUGCAAAUGAAUCAGUUUUGACAUCGAAGCUCUAUAAACAUGCAUAA